AUGGCUACCCCCAGUGUCCUUACCUUUGACACUGAGGGUCGUGCUGUUGACUUUGAGGUGUCUCCCCUGCCCCGCCUGCUACUAAUGACAGCACUGUUCGCUCACAGUGGGCCACACGCGAUGCUGCUGCACGCCUUGCUGUGCGUCGCCACUUACCGACCACUGAGCGUGCGCACUUUAGCCAUCACCCGGCUCCCUGACUCCCUUCGCUUAGUCAGGGAUCACUUCCUCUCAGUUUGCCCCACCGCACUCACCGUUGACCUCCUCGAGGAGCGCCUCCUAGCAGCGGAGAAGAGCAUAGUCGCUGUAGGAGCCUCUCGUAGUAACCCUCGCACCCCCGUCUUUGAGAAGUGUUCUCCCUCCCCCCUCUUGCCCUCUGUUGCUUCUACUGCUGCGACCGACCUCGUUGGUUUCGAGUCGGUCGGCGCUACGUCUGUCCCUAGCGGGAAGCGCCGCACCGGCAAGGGCAAGGGGGGCAAGGGAGCUGAGGGGGCCAGUGGGGGCAGUGGAGGUGGUGGUGGAGGCAGUGGAGGGGGUGGGGGUGGUGGUGGGAGUGGUGGUGGGGGUGGAGGUGGUGGUGGCAGCAGUGGAGGCGGAGGAGGCGGCUGUGGUGGCGGAGGGAGCGGAGGCGGCGGCGAUGGCGGAGGCGGCGGAGGUGGCGGAGGCGGCGGAGGUGGCGGUGGAGCAGGUCGCGGCUCUGCGCAGAGGAGUGGCUCCGGUGGUGGUCUGCGCCAGCAGCAGCAGCGCAGUAGUGAGACCCUGUCCCCUCAGCAGCUUCGUGAGUGGGCGGGGGUUGCCAUCUUUGAUCUUGACUAUGAUGCUAUUCUUGCUGCCAUGUAUGCUGUGACUGUUAGUGAUGAGGGUGACUGUUACCUGUGUGUUCCGCCUGACCCGGGCAUUGAGGCUGCUGCUCUAAGUGCUGGUGAGGCUGCUUCUCCAGGUGCUAGUGCGUCUGCUGCCCCAGUUGCUGGUGAGUCUGCUCUCUCAGGUACUACGUCGGCUCAGGCCUUGCACACCUUCACCCUUGACUCGGGUGCUUCCCGCUCCUUCUUUCGAGACCGCACCACUCUUACGCCGCUUAGUCGGCCGGUUGCGGUCUCCCUGGCGGACCCCUUUGGGGGUCCUGUCCUUGCUAGCUUCUCCACUGUCUUACCGUGUCCGGCAGCCCCCUCUGGCACUUUGUCAGGUCUCUACCUCCCCUCAUUCUCUACGAACUUAGUGAGUGGAGCUGAUCUACAGGAUCGGGGGGUUGACCAGUUCACACCUGCGAGUCAGCGGGUGACCCACUAUACGUGUGCUCGGACAGGCCGACACUUGGCCAUGUUUACCCGUCAGCCGGGGUCGAGCCUGUACACACUGACCACUGAGUCUCCCCCUGUUCCUGAGUCUGGUCAGGUAGCUGCGUCGAGUCAGGUGUUUGCUGCAGCGUCCAGGUCUGGUCCUCAGUCUGCGCCCUGCUCGUGUCGUCUCCUGUCCCACCAGACUCUCCUCUUGCACCACCGCCUUGGUCACCCUUCCCUGCCUCGUCUCCGCGGCAUGGCCUCCCGUGUCCUUGUCUCUGGUCUCCCCCGAUCCCUCCCUCCCCUACCUCCGGGGCCUGCCCCUACCUGCGUCCCCAGCGUCGAGGGGCGGCAGUGCGCCGCUCCUCACUCCUCCGAGUUUCCUCCGACAGAGGCUCCUCUGCAGACUCUUUACAUAGACGUGUGGGGCCGCGCCCGCGUCCGUGGCCAGGAUCACGAGCGUUACUUCCUGUUGGUGGUUGACGACUACUCGCGUUACACCACAGUGUUCCCCUUGCGCAGCAAGGGUGACGUCACUGAGGUGCUGAUCGACUGGAUCCGCGCAACUCGUCUCCAGCUCAGAGAGAGUUUCGGCUCAGACUUUCCUGUUCUGCGUCUGCACUCUGACAGAGGCGGGGAGUUUUCCUCUGCCCGUCUGGGAGCCUUCUGUCAUGCACAGGGCAUCCGCCAGAACUUCACGCUUCCGAGCUCUCCACAGCAAAAUGGGAUUGCUGAGCGCCGCAUUGGCAUGGUCAUGGACGUCGCUCGUACGUCCAUGAUCCAUGCGGCUACUCCCCAUUUUCUGUGGCCGUUUGCGGAUCAGUACGCGGUGCAUCAGCUCAACCUUCAGCCCCGGGUCUCCUUGCCAGAGACCUCCCCCACCUUGCGAUGGACGGGGAAGGUUGGCGAUGCGUCUGCGUUUCGGGUCUGGGGAUCUCGUGCGUUUGUCCGCGACUUGUCUUCGGACAAGCUGUCGCCUCGUGCGGUUCCCUACGUCUUCCUUGGCUUCCCCCCUGACGCGCCUGGUUGGCGGUUCUACCACCCCACCUCGCGCCGUGUUCUGUCCUCUCAAGACGUCACCUUUCACGAGUCGGUGCCUUACUACCGUCUCUUCCCCUACCGCACUGCGCCCCCCCCCGCCGCCGCUCUUCCUUGCACCAGGUCCUCCUCCGGUAGACCCCCUCCUCCCUCAGGGUCCUGCCCCGUCAGAUGUGUCCCAGGUAGACGCAGUUGA